UUAUAAAUCUCCCUCUCAUUCUUCCCCCCAAAGGGAUCAUCUUCAUCGCCAUCGCCCACCAACCCUCCCUCCCUCUCUCUCUCUCUCUAAUUAAAAGAAAAGAGGGAAAUUAGGGCAAGAUCAUGGCCACGGCGAUGAACUCCCUCUCUUCGAAGCCUUUCUUGAAAGGCUCCACCGCCGAUCUCCGAUCGAUGCCGCCUCCCGCCGGCGUCCAGAUCUCGAUCCGACGGCGGAGUUGCCCUCGCCAGGCUCCGCGCAGGCUAGAGGUUCAGGCCUCCGGGAAUAUAUUUGGUAACUACUUCCAAGUAGCAACCUAUGGGGAGUCGCAUGGAGGUGGUGUCGGGUGCACCAUCAGUGGCUGCCCUCCUAGAAUACCCAUCUCCGCAGCUGAUAUGCAAGUGGAACUUGAUAGAAGGAGGCCUGGUCAGAGCAGAAUAACUACUCCAAGGAAGGAGACUGAUACGUGCCAAAUUCUUUCAGGAAUUUCUGAAGGAAUGACUACAGGAACUCCUAUACAUGUUUUUGUACCGAACACAGACCAAAGGGGACAUGAUUACAGUGAAAUGUCAAAAGCAUACAGGCCUUCCCACGCAGAUGCAACAUAUGAUUUUAAAUAUGGUUUGAGAUCAGUACAGGGAGGUGGAAGAUCAUCCGCAAGAGAGACUAUUGGAAGAGUAGCAGCUGGUGCUGUUGCGAAGAAGAUUCUGAAGAUGAAGUCUGGUACUGAAAUCCUAGCUUAUGUUUCUCAAGUCCAUAAAGUUGUCCUUCCUGAAGGAGUGGUCGACAAUGAGACUGUAACCUACGAUCAGAUAGAGAGCAACAUAGUAAGGUGCCCAGAUCCAGAAUAUGCUCAAAAGAUGAUUGAUGCCAUUGAUGCCGUUCGUAUAAAAGGAGACUCUGUUGGUGGUGUUGUGACUUGCAUUGCAAGAAAUGUUCCAAGGGGGCUGGGUUCUCCUGUCUUUGAUAAGCUUGAAGCUGAGCUGGCAAAGGGUAUGUUGUCUCUUCCUGCAACUAAAGGAUUUGAAUUUGGCAGUGGAUUUGCAGGUACAUUUUUGAUGGGGAGUGAGCAUAAUGAUGAGUUCUACACUGAUGAAAAUGGAAACAUUCGUACAAGGACAAACCGGUCAGGCGGUAUCCAGGGAGGAAUAUCUAAUGGUGAAACCAUAUACAUGAGAAUAGCUUUUAAACCCACCUCUACAAUAGGGAAAAAGCAAAAUACAGUGACCAGGGACCGAAAUGAAACGGAGCUGAUAGCAAGAGGUCGCCACGAUCCCUGUGUUGUCCCUAGAGCUGUUCCAAUGGUGGAAUCAAUGGUGGCUCUGGUUCUGAUGGAUCAACUGAUGGCGCACCUAGCUCAAUGUGAGAUGUUUCCGGUCAACCCAGCCUUUCAAGACUCCAUCAGCUCACCCGCAAACGGGUCCUUGUUGAUGCCGGAGCAUGCUUAGUUCUGCUUGCUCUUUUGUCACUCUCCACUCUCUGCUUAUUUUUCUUUCGAUGAUUUAUAUACUGUCUACAUACCAACGAAACAAGUUGAAGCCUGGAGGGAUUUGUUGUAGUUUAUAGAUUGGGGCGAUAGUGUUGGGCUUCGCCAAAUGUUGUAGGGUGAAAAACAAAUUUCAGUUGUGAAUGAUUCUUUAAGUUUGUUUAAUAAACUAAUCGUAAAGAGAUGCGUGAAGAAGCGAUUUUAGUUUGGAUGA